AUGGAUAAAGUGUGCACUUGUGAAUCCUGUACUAUUCAGGGUUUUGAUAGUAGUGAUAAUCCAUCUCAUUCAUUUUCCACUCAAGAGGAGUUAAUUCAGCAUAUUACACAUCAUCAUUUAUCCAAGAAAAUCGAGAAUGGUCGUACGAUUUUCGUGUGCACAUAUGGCUCUUCGGGUAUUUGUAGUAUGUUAAAUUCAAUUCAUUCAAAUCCACAAAGCUGUGUAACUUUUGAGUCAGAAUACGAAUAUGAGCGCCAUCUCGUGACCAAGCACCUUAUCAACAAUCUACAGUCUGGUAGCCUUUCUCGGUUUAAGAAAAGCUCUUUCUUCGAACCUUCUUCACUUUCCUGGAUGCAGCAUGAUUCUGUUGUCAAUAUGGCUGCUGUUCUAAAUGAUCCUACCGAUAGGCAGUUGGAUAUAUUUUCCCGCUACUGGGGGGAAGGAUUUGAACGUGCAACCGUCCCUCCCUUGAGAAUUCCUGUUAUUACGGAGGAACACUUCUUUCCAUACUUAUCUAUUCUCUCCAAACGUAAAAAAAUUUCUCCUCUUCAUCAAACACCUUCUCCUCACCACUCUGAACCGCUUAAUAAGGAAACUGAGAGUGUUUUCUGCUCCUCGGAUUUUAAGCUCUCCGACCCUGAAACAUUCAAUCGAGUUAUUCCUUUACAUCGUCGACGACAGUGUUCCAAUUUGAAGGAUAUUUUCACUCACCAAAGCGAAAAACUCUCCCAACAUCUUGAUGCUGUCGAAUUAGCGAUUGCCAAUCACGUGUCCGAACGAUCGCCGGCGUUCUUUGAAGCUGUUCGAACCCAUGAUGUUGUGAAAGAUCAACUCAGUCAGACCAUUUCUCAGGUCAAUGCUGCGAGGACGCGGCUUGAAGAAGUGGACUCAGUCUAUUGUCGUAGUGUCGGACAAGUAGUCAAGCUGGCCCGCAGACGGGAGAAUCUAAAGAAAGUUUUGGUCAAAUUGAAGAUGAUACUCUCUGUACAUGGCGUUCAGCCCACCAUUCAAUCUCUCCUCCAAAACAACGACUUCUGUUCUGCUCUGGAUCUGAUUUCCAACACUCGAGAAUCCCUUACCACCAUCAACAAUACUGCUGAAAUUGUCUGUCUUCGUCACCUCGAUGCACAAUUGACGGAAAUUGAAAAAUUCAUCAAUAACAUGAUUGAAUCUGAGUUCGACGUCGCUUUACACUCAUUUUUCACCGCGCCUAACAGCGAAACGGUCGUUGAUGCUAACACUAUCACUGAGGCACUUCUACCGAGUAUUUUAGGUCUGGCUAGGAUUGGUCAAGCAAAUUUCGUCGAAGCCAUCGAGAAGGAGAUACAGCAGGCUCUCAAUGAAACCCUUGAAAAAUGCCAGUUAUCCCUUCAACCUGUUGAAAAUGGCCAUGCGUCCGAGGACUCCAAUGCUGUACCUCCCGAAAGCGAAUCUUUCAGUGUUUGGCUUGGGAAACUUAAAGCCUCGUGUCUCGAUGUGGAGAAUCUUGUUACUCGAGUUAAAUUGAUUGUGGAGUCAAUAUCCUCUAUCAGUGUUGGCGAAGAACACAGUGAUCGGUUGAGAGGUCUGUACUGGAAGACAGCAGAUCGAGGCCAACAGAAGUUGUCCUCUUUGGUAUCCUCCUACUUGCGACGCGCGCGACAACUUCGAGGUAAUCGAUCAAUCGCGUCCUCGGAGCACUUCGUUGCUUUUGCCCACCUUGUUGAGGACUUUCAUGAGAGAGUGAUUAUCCCAGCUUGGCAAUGCUAUCGACCGGAAUUACCACUUGUAAAUCAAUCAAUGACCCUUCGAAAUCUCGCCGCGACACAAGCUGCUGUACUUGUUAGGAAUUUCCACGAAGAUCGAUGCAGAAUUCUCAACAAGUCUCUAGAUCAAGAGACCUGGCGACCUGCCGAAAGGGUAUUUGAUCCUGCCUUAUCCGGCCUUCUAAAUCAUCUAUUGAUCCAUCAUGAGUUGAAAGAUUCUCCUUCGGAUAACCAAAAUUUGCAAACUCCGAAGUCAACAAAACUUCUGCUCCAAGGCGAGACAUAUGUUGUAGUGGAUACUAUAUUUACACUCAUCCUGUUAAUCUUUGAUUAUCUUCGGUUGGGUGAACAAUUAGCAACAUGGCCUCUCCAAUUGCAGGAUAUACAACGAAAUCUUUCCAAAUUACUUGCCCUGUUCAACUCUCGGAGUUGUAAGCUAGUGUUAGGUGCUGAAGCCCUCGAGCGGCAGAUUUUAAAGAAAAUUGUUGCUCGAAAUAUGGCUCUGGUGAUUCGCAGCCUGGAGUGCCUUCUUGUUCUAAUUCCUGUCCUUAAUGUUUACUUCGAGAGGAUCUAUUUUAAAUCACAGCAGUUGAAAAUGGAUGGUCAGAACGAGAAGGUCCUGCCGCGUUUUACAGAUCAUUUUCACGACGUGGAGCAGGCAAUUCACUCGCAUAUUUCUAAGGUGUUGCAUAUGCUCACGGGUUUAUUGGCGACUCGCAUUUCCCGAACAGUUCAAACAUGGCAACCUCGGCCACCCACUCCCAGUUUCGAAAUGCGUCAAGUUUGUCAAGCUAUCUCGAAGCUCACUGACUCCACUGGUGAAAUUCUUUCCGAGACGACUCUAAACAAUCUUCUGAUUCGAAGUCAUAUGGAAUUCAAGGCGAGUCUUCGACAGAGGCUGGCAGAUCUUGGUGUCUAUCCCGAUGGGGGCCCACAGCAAGGCCUGGUCAACUCGGAGUUAGUAUUCUACAUGAAUUUCUUCUGCGGCUUAACUUCCUCGUUAAAGAACUACAAGGAUGAAUGCGAGGAAAUUUGGCCCUCCCGAAAGUCUCCCUCUGUUUUGGAGCAAGCCUAA